AUGACCGACCAGACCUUUGGCCCUGAAACAUUCGAGUACACCGAGAGGGACCUCAUCCUCUACGCUCUGGGAGUUGGAGCAACUAGAGAAGAGCUGCAAUGGGUGUACGAGAACAGCGAGAACUUUAGCGCACUGCCUACUUUUGGCGUUGUACCUCCGUUCUCGACCAUGAUGAACACGCCCUUUGGUGACUUUAUUCCCAACUUUAACCCCAUGCUCCUGCUUCACGGCGAGCAAUUCCUUGAACUUCACAGCCCUAUUCCUACCUCUGGGACGCUCACCACAACUGGCAAGAUUGUGGAUAUUCUUGACAAAGGAAAAGGCUGUGUUGUGAUUAUGGGCACCACCACGAAAGACGAGCAGGGCAACGUCAUCUGCUACAAUGAGUUUUCAAACUUUAUUCGUGGCGUAAAGGGUGUUGGCUCAAAGACGCCAAAGGACAGGGGUGCAGCUACCGCGUCGAACGAACCCCCAAAUCGCGCUCCCGAUGCUGUGGUCAAGGAAAAGACCACGGAAAACCAAGCUGCGUUGUACCGAUUGAGCGGAGACACCAACCCAUUGCACAUUGAUCCUCAAAUGAGCAGUAUCGGUGGUUUUGAAGUACCUAUUCUGCACGGACUUUGCAGUUUUGGUAUCGCUGGCAAGCACGUGCUGAAGACAUUUGCCAACUCGGAUGCUACUAAAUUCAAAAACAUCAAAGUCCGGUUCAGCAAGCACGUCUUCCCUGGUGAGACUCUUCAGACAGAGAUGUGGAAGGAAGGAAACAAGAUCAUCUUCCAGGUCCGCGUUGUGGAGCGCGACGUUCUUGCCAUUUCCAAUGCUGCUGUCGAACUGGUCGGCGUGGAGGGUGCUGAUGCUGGUAGCGGCAGCGCAUCGUCUGGUGGUGCGACUGGUGGAGUGGCAGUACCUGGUUUCAAGGCUAGCCAGAUUUUUGAAACCUUGAAAGCCGGAAUCGAAGCUGGUUCUGAGCAGGACAGGAAGGCACGUGUGCAAAAGGUGAAAGCCGUUUUCCAAUUUGACGUGACCAACUCUGAGGGCAAGUCUACCUCUUGGUACAUUGACCUCAAAAAUGGCCAGGGCCAAGUUGGAGCUGGUGCCGCACCUGCUAAAGCCGAUGCCACCAUUCUCAUUGCUGAUGACGAUUUUGUCAAUUUGGCCAUGGGAAAAGCAAAUGCCCAGAAGCUGUUUAUGAGCGGAAAGAUUAAAGUAAAGGGUCAAAUGAUGUUGGCCAUGAAAUUGGACGGUGUUCUUCAGGAUGCUCGCAAAAAGGCAAAAUUGUAG